AUGGCGCCGAGGUGCCGGCCUUGGGGGGCUAUGCUGCUGCUCGCGGCGGCGCUGCCCGCGGCGUGCGGGAACUGCGGAGAGGAGGGCGGCCCGCUGGAGCCCUUCGACGCGCUGUACGCCAGCGGCGUGGAAGCGUACUACGGCGGCGACUUCGCGGGCGCGGCGCGGUGCCUGGAACGAGCGCUGCGCAGCCGGCGGGAGCUGCGGGCGGAGCGGCUGCGGUGCCGGCGGCGCUGCCGGGGGCAGGUGCGGCUGGCGGCGCUGGGCGCGGGGUCCGCCGGGGAGCUGCCCUUCUUCGAGGCGCUGCUGCGGCGCGCCGGCUGCCUGCGGAGCUGCGAGGAACCGCGCCUGGGAGCCGCUUCCCGGCACCGCGCCGCCGAGGAGGUGCGCGCUGACUUCCAGCGCAGGGUGCCCUACAGCUACCUGCAGCGCGCCUACAUCCAGCUGAACAAGCUGGAGGAGGCAGCAAACGCAGCUCACACCUUCUUCAUGGCAAACCCUGAGCACAUGGAGAUACAGCAGGACAUUGAGAACUACAAAACAACAGCGGGGAAAGUCAGCUUGAUCGACCGGGAGGCCAAGCCGCACAUGGAGGAUUACAGUGCUGGGGUCAGGCACUACGACAAGGAGGAGUACGGGUUGGCCAUCGCCUACUUGGAGCGUGCACUGGAAGGGUACUAUGCUGAGGAUGAGGAUUGCCAGAUCAUGUGUGAGGGACCACAGAGGUUUGAGGAACAUGAAUACCUGGAAUAUAAGGCUGGCCUCUACGAAGCUAUUGCAGAUCACUACAUGCAAGUCCUGGCCUGCAAACAUGACUGCGUCCGAGAACUCGCCACGCGCUCUGGCCGCAUCUCACCCAUCGAAAACUUCCUUCCCCUCCACUACGACUACCUCCAGUUUGCCUAUUACAGAGUUGGUGACUAUGUGAAAGCCCUGGAGUGUGCCAGGACCUACCUCCUCUUCCACCCAGAUGAUGAAGAUGUCUUGGAGAAUGCAGCUUAUUAUGAGGGCCUCUUGGAAGGCACCCUGGAUCCAGCCACUAUCAAGCCCAGAAAGGAAGCAAAAGCAUUACUGCGUCGGCACAAGCUGGAGUCCCACCUCCUGCGGGUGGCUGCAGUUGGUCUGGGGUUCACCUACACGGAGCCGAACUACUGGAAGAGGUACGGUGCCCGCCAAGAUGAGCACAGUGUCCCGUCAGGUAUUAGCAGUGAGCCAGAGGAUGGGCCCCGGCUGUCCCUAACAAAGAAACCUGCACCAAAACCAGAUCGAGAGCUGAAGGAGGGGGGUCCGCUUCUCUACAGUGAUGUGAAGUUUGUCUACAACUCACAGCAGCUGAAUGGCACCCAACGAGUGCUACUGGACAACGUCAUCUCAGAGGAGCAGUGCCGGGAGCUUCACAGAGUGGCCAGUGGGAUCAUGUUGGCUGGAGAUGGCUAUAGGGGCAAAACCUCUCCCCAUACCCCAAAUGAGAGAUUUGAAGGUGCCACUGUCCUCAAAGCCCUCAAGUAUGGCUAUGAGGGCCGUGUCCCACUGAAGAGCGCCCGGCUCUUCUAUGACAUCAGCGAGAAGGCCCGCAGGAUCGUCGAGUCCUACUUCAUGCUCAACUCCACGCUCUACUUCUCCUACACGCACCUGGUGUGCCGCACCGCUCUCUCUGGCCAGCAGGAGAGGAGGAACGACCUGAGCCACCCCAUCCAUGCUGACAACUGCCUCCUGGACCCUGAGGCCAAUGAGUGCUGGAAGGAGCCUCCUGCCUACACCUUUCGGGACUACAGUGCCCUCCUCUACAUGAAUGCAGAUUUUGAAGGCGGUGAAUUCAUUUUCACUGAGAUGGAUGCCAAAACAGUGACGGCAUCCAUCAAACCCAAGUGUGGACGAAUGGUCAGCUUCUCAUCGGGUGGUGAGAAUCCACACGGGGUGAAGGCAGUUACCAAAGGCCAGCGGUGUGCUGUGGCGUUGUGGUUUACCUUGGACCCACUUUACAGAGAGCUGGAGCGAAUCCAGGCAGAUGAAGUGAUCGCCAUGUUGGACCAGGAGCACCUAGGACCCAGUGAAAUGAACAUCAACCCAAAGGACGAGCUAUGAACUAGGCCAAAGACUUUUUCUAUUAAAUAUUUAUUUAAUAUUGUUAAUCUUAUUAGAACCUUUUCUAUUUUUGUACAGAGAUGCUGUAUAAAUUAACAGGUUAAUAUGAUUGUGGAGUUUUUGGGAGUGCCUUUUCUGCAUUUAGCACAGCUCUCAGUGGGACCCCUCAUCCCUGUACCAGCAUCUCCUGCUCGGACUGUCUUUGCUGCUGGGGUUCCUUGGAGGACCCCUUUUAUCUUCCUCAACCAGAAGCAGCUGCUUCUCUUUAGCCUCUGCUAGAGAAAUGUCUCAGGUGUGCUGAUGGAUCUCUCUCCCUCUCUUUGCCAAGCUGUAGCUAGAGACCUAGCAGUGCUGCCACAGAAACCACUGCCAGGGUCUUGGUUGGAGCUUACCUCCCUGAGGAGCUUUAUUUUGCUCCCAGCUGCUUUGUCUCCGUGUCUUUUCAGUGCCUUUCUGCUCCCCUCAGCCAGCACUGCCAUUAAAACAGGCAGUGGAGACUUGGCUUUGCUCUUCCUUCUUUCAGCUUCUACCCCCCUCCAACCUUCCAGCCUUAACUGUGGUCUUGUUCCCUCGUCUCACUGGCCCCAGUGUCAGGGGCAAGGAUGGUCUUUUCAGGGGGGUGUUUUCAUCAUCAUCAAAUGGCUUAGGUUGGAAGGAACCUUUAAGCUCCAUGCUCCAACCCCCUGCAGUGCCCUCUGGAUAAACACUGGGCCAGGCUCGGGAGGAGAUGCCAUUACCCCAUGGAAAUCAUGGAAGAUGGAAGGUUGAUGUGCUCCACCUCUUCAGCUGCUGCACCAGCAGGCGAGAACACUGUGAGUGCCCCAGGCUGCUGGUGUGCUUUGGUUCCUGGACCUCACCUCCCAUCCCUAGAGCCUGUUCAAGUGCUGCAGCAGGUUGCCUUCCCAAGAAAAGACUCAUGGUAAUUACUUUCCAGCCCUUUGUGUAACACAGCCCAAGAAGGUACUGGGAAGCAAUGGGUGGCAGCUGGAAAGCAGAAUCGCAGGGUCUGUUGUCCCUUCUAUCCCCUCCCCAUCACACCCAGGGCUUGGCUCCUGUGCUGCACCCUGACCCUGGUCUGUGCUGCUCCCAGGAGCUGGUUUGCUGCUGCAGUGUUAACUUGAGCUGUGCCUAAAUCCAGGGCAAAUAAAACAAAUGAGACACCAAA